ACUUCUCAACAUAGUAUUAUCUUGAAUUUGGAGCUUAAUCACCCCGAUUAGUUAAGGCCAUGUCGCUGUUAAUCUGUUUAUGAACAUUCGAGAAUGCGUGUGCCUUUUUUGAAUAUGGAGAGUACGACAACGAGCCACGUAGCGGAAUAACCGAGGAUCCGCGAGAGUAUUUCUUCACUCUUCAGUCAUCUCCUCGUAGAAAUACUCUUUUUCUCUCUCAGCAUUGCUACCUAAGAGGCAGGGAACAAUGGCGGAAGUGAGCAACAAGCAGGUGAUUUUGAAAGGCUACGUGACCGGCUUUCCGAAGGAGUCGGACAUGGAAAUCCGAACAACCACCGUGAAACUGGAGGUUCCGGUGGGUUCCAACGCCGUGCUCCUGAAGAAUCUCUAUCUCUCCUGCGAUCCCUACAUGCGAAGUCGCAUGAAGAAAACGGAGGGCAGCUAUGCUCAGUCCUUCACUCCUGGCUCUCCUAUUGUGGGGUAUGGAGUUGCUAGAGUUUUAGAUUCUGGCCAUCCCAACUUCAAGAAGGGAGACUUAGUUUGGGGAAUAACAGGAUGGGAGGAAUACAGCAUUAUUACUGAUACUCAGGGGCUUUUCAAAAUCCAACAUACCGAUGUGCCUCUUUCAUAUUAUACUGGAAUUCUUGGUAUGGCUGGUACAACUGCAUAUGCUGGCUUCUAUGAGGUGUGCUCCCCCAAGAAAGGAGAAACUGUCUUCAUUUCUGCAGCAUCUGGAGCUGUUGGUCAGCUUGUUGGACAAUUUGCUAAGCUUUUGGGUUGUCACAUUGUUGGUUCUGCUGGUAGCAAAGAGAAGGUUGAUUUGUUGAAGAACAAAUUUGGAUUUGAUGAUGCCUUUAACUACAAAGAGGAGCCGGACUUGAAUGCAGCUUUAAAAAGGCAUUUCCCCGACGGAAUUGAUAUUUAUUUCGAGAAUGUUGGGGGAAAGAUGCUCGAUGCGGUGCUGCUGAACAUGAAGCUCCAUGGACGCAUUGCUGUAUGCGGGAUGAUCUCACAGUACAAUCUUGAGAAGCCUGAAGGCGUUCACAACUUAUUCUGUCUGAUAAGCAAACGGAUCCGCAUGGAAGGAUUUCUGGUUUUAGAUUACUACCAUCUCUAUCCAAAGUAUUUGGAAAUGGUCGUGCCGUACAUAAAGGAAGGGAAGAUUACGUAUGUGGAAGACGUAACAGAAGGCCUGGAAGGCGCUCCAAGCGCUCUGAUAGGACUUUUCUCUGGCCGGAAUGUUGGGAAGAAGGUGGUGGUUGUUUCAGCUGAGUAAAUGCAUUAGAGAAUUAGUUGAACUCUUGUGAGUGAAUAGUGAUUAGUGAUUAGUUUCCUGCUCUUAGGAGCUCUUGUUUGUGGUGUAAUGACUGAUUACCAAAAAAUGUACUGACUAAAAGAUGUGUUUGCGUAUUCUGUAAAUGUCAACCGGAGUUGUGCCAAGGGCAUCUGCAACUCUUUGCCCA